CCUCCUGCCAAUGGCUAUAGAUCUCCCAUUGCUCGAAUCCCUGCUACUGCUCUUCGUUUCUAUGAAUGCCGUCGUAGCCUUAGCCCAGGACAAUGGCAGUUUCGUCUGUAAUGGCUUCCAAAGAGCCAAUCUGCGCCUGGGUGGAACCGCUGUUAUCCAUCCCACUGGUCUUUUGCAGCUAACCAAUACGUCCAAGCAAAUAAUAGGUCGUGCUUUCUACCCAAUUCCUUUGGAAUUUAACAAGUCUUCUUCAGCUGAGUAUUCUCGGUCUCUCUCCUUUUCUACCACAUUCGUAUUCGCUAUGGUUCGCGGGGCGACUAACGUCAGUGGCCAUGGAAUCGCCUUCGCUUUCUCGCCUUCCUUGGAGUUCUCAGGGGCUGUCGCAAGCCAGUAUCUGGGGCUCUUUAAUUUGCCGACUAACAAUGGAAACUCUUCCAAUAAUCAAGUGUUCGCCAUCGAGUUAGACACCAUUCUUAGCCCUGAAUUUUCUGAUAUAGAUGAUAACCAUGUGGGGAUCGAUGUAAACAGCCCAAGGUCGAUCAAAGCGGCUCCAGCGGCUUAUUACUGGAGCGAAGAAGGGAAGAAUAAGAGUCUGGUCCUCGUAAGUGGAGAUCCUAUACAGGUUUGGAUAGAGUAUGAUGGGGUGAAGCAGCAACUCAAUGUAACAUUGGCUCCUUUGGCUAACCCAAAACCAGACCUUCCUCUGUUGUCGACUUCCAUAGAUCUUUCUUCGGUUUUUGUAGAUUCUAUGUAUGUUGGUUUCUCUUCAUCUACUGGUGCGGUUGCAAGCUCCCAUUAUAUUUUAGGGUGGAGUUUCAGCAGAAAUGGCCAAGCACAAAGGCUAGAACUAUCUCGUCUUCCUUCACUUCCAAUUCUAAGAGAGUCCAAGGCAAAGCAACGACUUUUGAAAAUCGGGCUGCCAUUGAUGACAGUAGCAGCUCUACUUAUAGCAACGAUGGGGGGCAUAUACAUAAUCAGGAGAAAGAAAUAUGCAGAAGUACGUGAAGAUUGGGAGCAGGAGUAUGGGCCUCAUAGGUUCUCAUACAAGGACUUGUAUAGAGCCACCAAAGGAUUCCGGGACAAAGAACUUCUGGGUGUUGGAGGGUCGGGAAGGGUUUACAGAGGAGUGCUACCGGCAGCCUCCAACACACAGAUCGCAGUGAAGCGAAUCACCCACGACUCAAAACAAGGGAUGAAAGGAUUUGUGGCGGAGAUUGCAAGCAUGGGAAGGCUGCGACACAGAAACUUGGUGCAGCUACUCGGCUAUUGCCGACGAAAAGGAGAGCUCAUCUUGGUCUAUGACUACAUGUCUAAUGGUAGCCUCGACAAGUUCUUGUUUACCAAUGAGAGGCCUAACCUUAGUUGGUUUCAAAGGUACAAAAUCAUCAGAGACGUAGCAUCUGGUCUUCUGUACCUGCAUGAAGAGUGGGAACAGGUUGUCCUACACAGAGAUGUCAAGGCUGGUAAUGUUCUAUUGGAUGAGGAUAUGAACGGGAGAUUGGGUGAUUUCGGGCUUGCGAGAUUAUAUGAUCACGGAGCCAACCCUCAAACCACUCAUGUGGUUGGCACUCUGGGCUAUCUUGCACCAGAGCUUACUAGAACCGGCAAGGCAACUACAAUCACUGAUGUGUUCGCUUUUGGGGCCUUAAUGCUCGAGGUUGCUUGUGGCCGGCGACCCGUAGAGAUGCGAGCAUUGCCGGAGGAAAUGAUUUUGGUAGAUUGGGUGACAGAAUCCUGGAAGAAAGGAGCAAUUCUUGAGACGAGAGAUCCACGACUGGGCGACGAUUAUGUGGUGGAGGAAAUGGAAUUAGUUUUGAAACUGGGGCUGCUAUGUUCACACCCUCUGCCCACCUGUAGACCCACCAUGAGACAGAUCCUGCAAUAUUUGGAUGGGGUUGCUACUUUGCCCAAUGUAUCACCAUUCGAUGUCUGUAGUACUGCUGUCGUGGCUUCUGCAAGUGAACAAAGAUUUGGUCAUUAUGUGGUGUCAUACCCGACAAUAUUGAUUGGGAAGACGCCGGUUCAAACAUUGUCUAGAAUCGAUUCAAUCCUCAUCGAUGGCCGCUGAAUGAAUCUGUUCACCAUGUAAUCUUUUUUCAAUUUUUUGAUGCCAACUUAAAUACAGCCACAGGGGCUUUUGUGUUCUUUGUGA